AUGAAAGUUCUUUCAGAAGAUUUCCCUCAAGCAGCAAAUGAAAUAGAUCUUGUUACUGUCGAGGGGCAUGACGGAGUGGUAAUGUUGAGGAAGUGGUUGGGUCAACUAUCUGAGGAGUAUCAACCUGGAACCAUUAGAUCAUACCUAAUGAGCCUUAGGCUAUUCCUUAAAUUCCUUGUGCAAGAAGAGAAAGGGCAAGAUAGAUUAGACACACUUCAUGCAAGGAGAGAUCUUUUAACUUCGUGGUCAUCUGCUCAAAGAAAGAAGGUGCUGAAAAGGAAAUUAGAGAAACAUGACAUGGACUUUGCAAAACUCCUUUCUAGCGAAGAUCUAUAUAAAGUGUCAAAUGGACAACAGCGAAUAAACAUAAUUAAAGCGCUUGGAACAGCUGCGGAGAAAAGCAAAGCUUGUGGAGAACCUGUGCUGGUCAACGAUCAGACCUUUUGCGAAGUAAGGGAUUGGCUGAUUACAAGAUUAAUAAUUGACAACUCCGGAAGAAGUGGUAUUGCAGCAAAUAUAACAGUGGAGGAAUUCAAAGAUGCUAAACUGUACGCUGGAGAAGAAGAUGGAGAGAGAUACCGCGUAUCAGUUAAGAAUCACAAGACAGGAGGUGUUUAUGGGGCAGCCAUUGUAUGGUUUCAUGCUGAUGUUUACAAUCUGGUGAAUACGUAUAUCUCAAGGGUGAGGCCUAAGUACGUCAAAGAUGCCACAGAUAACAUGUUCGUUUCAACCAAUGGCGUUAAACUUACUUCAUCGCAAGUAUCCACGUGUCUGACUCGUACAUUUCAAAGGGAGGGUGUGAAGUUUCACGGUCGCAUCUCCGCAACCUUGAUAAGAAAAUCUCUGGCAUCAGGAGUGCAUGUCCAUUUGCCUGAAGAUCAAGAACAACUGGCUGCCCUUGCACAGCACAAACCUCAAACACAAGCUCAAUAUUACCGCAUCAAUGACAAAGUUAGAGAAACAGAUAUUGGGCGUCGUGCUGUCAGAAAAUUUAUCACCAUGAACUGCGCAAAGACAGAGGUAAGUACUCUUAUAAUGCAUACCAAUCGUAGUAAUUUGAAUAACAAUUGGCAUACGAAUUCUGAUUUCUUUUAGGUAUCAAUAAUUCCUGUCGAGUGGACCGAGGAAGAGACCUCAAAACUUCAAGAUUUAUUCAAGUCUGAAAUUGAGACUGGUAACAUAACUGAAAACAUUGUCAGAGAUAAACUUGGUGCUUCCAACCUGUUGGAAACACACUCCAUGAAGGCAAUUGUGUUGAAAGUGAGAAGGCUUCGAUCAGAAUUUACCAAAAACUUAGAACCACCAACUGAAGUUGAGUCUCCUGAACAGAAGAUAGAACGGUUUAUGUCUUCCAGAGCUCCAUCCAUCGCAUCUGAAUCUGCAAAGCCAUCAUGGAGUAAGUUCACCGAUGAACAAACAGACCAUCUCCUAUCGUUAACUCAGGAUAUGAUUGAAAACAACGCAGUAAAAAGAGAGGUCGUUUGGGAACGGGUGAUAAAUGAUGAGAAAGCAUGGAAAACCGGGUUGGUCUUCGGAACCGAUGAUGAGGAGCUUCUUUUGAGGCAAAAACAACGUUUGGCGGACAAGGUACGAAAAGAAGUCAAACGUCAAAAGAUGAAGAGAAAGUAG